AUGUCCCAGAGAUCUGCGAUGAGCCCGACUGGGCGCAAAAACAAAGUACGAAAAGGAACUCAUAGUUGCAGAGAAUGCCGGCGCCGCAAAGUACGUUGUCGAUUUGCGAAGCCAGAUGACAUUGUUUGUGUUACCUGCACCGCUAGGGGAACCUCUUGCUAUAGCCAGGAAUCCAUCAAUCCCUCAGCUUCUCGCUUGCCUCAGAAACACCAGCAGGAUGGCGAGGUGAUGGAUCGACUGCAAAGACUAGAGGCGGCUAUGGAGAGCCUGAUUGGGGAAAUUCGACUGUCCAGGGAAACGAGCGGAAUGCAUUUUACCUCAACAACCGAGUUUGCAAACCGUUUGCCAGUGUCUUAUAAGUCUCCAGCUAUCAAUGACAUUUUAGUUGGCAGGACUGUGGAAGAAACACCCACGGCAGCCAUUUUCAGUAUCCGCGACAUGCUAGAUCAGCACUCUAGAGGCUCCUCGGCUUCCUAUCAAAGAUUGAACAUCAACAAACUGACAACUAGCUUUCAAGACCGAAGACAGAAAGAUGUUUGCAAAAUAUUAUUCAGCCUUUUUCCAUCCCAACAGGUCAUGAGCGAUCUGGUAUCAGCAAGUCCCGGAUCGAACUUUGUCUCAACCUUUUUCCACUCUCCGCAUGAAAUCUCGCAGGGGAAUUUUCAGAAGCCAACGGACCUUGCUAUACGACCCCAGGAAGACAGCAAUCCUAUAGUUCUCGCUAAACGCCUCCUUCAACUCAUGAUUUGCGUUCAACACCUCCAGCCCGGUUGCAAUUCUUUGACCCUUGAAACUCGAGAGUCUCUCAAAAAGUCCGCCGAGAAUGUGGUUUCCAUAGUAUCGGAAGUUGUUCAUUCUACGGAUGAUACAUGUGUUUCACUCCAGGGUUUGGAGUGUCUUCUGCUGCUGGCUAUCUUCCAGCUCAAUGCUGGCAAUCUGCGACGUAGCUGGCUGACGGUUCGUCGAGCUCUGAACAUCUCCCAGAUCCUAGGUUUGGAUAAUGGGACUAUUACAAGCCUCCAAAAAUUCGAUAAAAGGAUGUCGCCAGAGGCCAAUAACUCCCAUCGGUGGCUCUGGCACCGCGUGACAUUCUUUGAUCGCUAUCUGUCACUCCUCCUUGGUCUGCCGCCGGGAACCAAAGAAGACCCCUUUGCAAACCUCCCAGACUCGGAGCACUAUACGCCCAUGGAUAGUCUCGAAAGAAACUACACUGUUCUUACUGGGUUCAUUAUUGAGAGAAAUUCAAUAAAGAGUAGCAACGAGGCAUUCGCAUCUACACAACUCAUAGACUGCAAAUUGGAUGCGGCAGCUGAAGAGAUGGGCACUGAUUGGUGGGAGCCAACUCGCCUACACAUGGCCGGCUCAACCUUCGAAAAGAUCAGCAGCAUCUCUAAGACCUUGCUGCAAAUUCAUCACUACACACUGAAGGUCUUUCUGCAUUUACCACACUUAUUCCAGCGAGAAUCUGGUCUCAGAUCUCAUAACCCUCGCUUUAAAUAUAGCCGGGACAUUUGCGCAACGGCCAGUCGCUCGAUUUUGCGAUUAUUCAUCCCAUAUCGCAACCUCAAUUCAUCGGCGACUGCCUGUCGGCAUGUUGACCAUAGCGCUCUAAUCGGAGCCAUGACCUUGCUGAUGGCAUAUCUAGCGGACGAACCGCCCCACACCGAGGAAAGUCUUACGCCUACGACCCAGCGGCAAGAGGAUAGCCGACUUUUGGAGAGUGUUCAAGCUAGGUUUCAAGUCCUUGCAAGGGAAAAUGAGGAUGCAAUCUGCCACGAAGCGUCAGAGGUUAUUAGUCGAUUGAUGCCUAUCGUUACUUGGCCUGAAAAGAGCGCACUUGAAGGACAUGGAGAUCAGAUCUCGCAAAAUACUCCACCUGUCAAACUUGAUGUGCCAUAUAUCGGAGUCAUUACGAUUAAACCGUGGGUCCUUGAUGCAACUAGGAUAAAUAUUGAACGACCAGUGUCAUCAAGCAUACAGGGAUGGGUUCCUGAACUGAAUGUCACAAAUGACGAAAAUGAGCCGCAAGGGGCAGAUUAUUUCUCUACUCAGCAGAUAUCUGCUUUCCAGGAUGUUCCGACUACGGCAACUUCAAGUUCUACACUGAUCUCAUUGAACGACGAUCCCAUAGUUACUACUGAAUCAUCGAUGUUCCCGAACGUCGCUGCGGAUAUGAUGGAGUGGUCGUUACAGGGGAUUGAUACAAACUUUUGGAAUUUAGUUCAGGAGGGAAUUGAGCCUGAGGUGUUUCUAUAA